AAUCAAAAUUUUUGUUUACUAAUUUUGAAGAUUGUAAUUCUUAAUACUAAACGUGUAAUGGUUUGUGUGUCAAUGGCUUAGUGUUUCUAACUUUAAGAACAAUAAUUUCUUUCAACAACUCAUGAUCAAAUGCAUCCAAACCAAAUAACAACUACCAAAUCAAACAUAAACAGCUCAAAACAUAGACUAUCUGUAAAUGAACACAAUGCAAGUAGUGAUGAGGAAACUAUAAACAAGGUAGUGGAAUUAGGAGAAAAUGAAACAUUGGUCCUAAAAGCUGGUGAUACUAAUUUAACAUCUGUUGUUUUAGAGGAGAAUCAAACAUUGAAUGGAUUAAAAGAACAAGUUACUGCUCUUAGGGAUGCCCACACCCUACAAGUGCCUCUACAAAGACCUUUAGAUGCAUCCAAACGUCAAAGUUUAUUAAGUUUAAAGAAUCAAGUUGCGGGUCAAAAAACAGCUGGAAACAUUGUUAAAUCAACAGACGUAAACAAAAACAAUAAAACUAUUGAAGCCAAACCACAAAAUGAGCACGAAGCAUCAGUUUCUACCAAAGAAAACAUAGAACCAAAAUAUGGAGGAUACCAGAAUGGAAUUCACCAACUAUCUAAAACAAAUCUACAAACUAUGCUUCAGUUUCAAUCAGAUUUAUCAAACAGUAUGAAACUUUCAAAUGAAAAUGAGAUGACAGAAUCUAGUAGGAAAGUUUCCAGUCAGUUUUUUAGAACAUCUGAUAAAUCUAGGCCAAGUUAUGUUCCCCGUCAAGGUCCAGCUCCACAGAUCAAAAUAAUUGAUUCUGCUUACCGAGCGUCAACGUCCACACAGUCACGCAAACCAAUCAAUGCAAAGUUCUCUAAGACAUUGGCCUUGGCAGAGUCCACUGCUACAUUAACUCGUCCAGUAUCUGCUUUGGAUAAGCUCAAAGCAACAGAAAGAACAUCAAUACCAAAAGCUGUGGAAGAAUUCCAUGAAGAAUUCGGUGAACAUACAUAUGUGAGAGCAGCAAAAAAACUGUCCAGUUGUGGGCCACUAAAAAUCUGUGAUUUGGAUGAUUUCUUAAAAAAAUCCAAGACAGAUUUUGAACACUUGUACACCAAAAAACCUAUCAGUAGCCUCCAAAUAACAGAUUUUAGUUUGACAAAAACGUUAGGUGUGGGAGCAUUUGGAAAAGUGGUGCUUGCAGAGUUGAAAAAGAAUAACACUUUGUAUGCUGUGAAAAUCAUUGAAAAAGUGGGAGUAGUAAAGCGAAAUCAUGUCCGAUAUGUAAGCAAUGAGAAAAGAAUUCUACAAGCUCUGAACUUCCCGUUUGUCAUAAGCCUCAAAUACUUUUUCACUGAUUUAUAUUAUUUGUAUUUCGUAAUGCCUUACGUACCUGGUGGUAGCUUCCACAAACACCUCAAAGUUUGUCGGCAGAUGAAAGAAUCAGAUGCAAAGUUUUACAUCGGACAGAUGGUCCUGGCUCUGGAGUAUUUGCACCAUCUAGAACUGAUUCACAGAGAUGUAAAAACAGAUAACAUCAUGAUCGACGCUUUUGGCUAUUUAAAACUGGUUGAUUUUGGUCAAUGUGUUCGGUGUAGUGGAACCGAGAAAACCUGGACUUUCACUGGAACCCCAGAGUACAUGGCACCAGAGAUCAUUGUCGGUAAAGGCUACGAUUGCGCCGUCGACUGGUGGGCUCUUGGCAUCAUCAUCUACGAACUCUGCGCUGGAUAUCGUCCUUUCAAACACGAAAAUCCUCGUAAACUACAGUUGCUAAUUCUUUGUAAACAGUUUUCUUUACCAAAUUGUUUUAGUCGGUCUUUAAAAAAGUUGAUUGAGAGUUUACUAAUGCUCGAGCCUAAAAAGCGCAUUGCAAACCGAAUUAAGAAAGCUUCAGUGAUUAAGAAACAUGUUUGGUUUGCGAAUUUGGAUUGGUUGGCUUUACUCAACCGUACUGUUGCGGCUCCUUACUUACCUAAUUUAAAUAGAUCAUCUCCACACCAACAAAGUUAACAACAGGAUUAAGAAGAAUAAAAUAGAUCACUGCAUUGAGAACAAA